UUGAAAAAUAAUUUUCAAGCUACAGUCAGGCGAGCUACUUUUCUUUAACCUAAGAAUUUUUGCAUUCCAUUGUUUCUAACUGUGUAAGUUGGAAUGGUGCCUCUUUAGACAAGUUUAGAGCUUUGUUACUUAAAUUGUUUCACAAGAAUCUUAAUUUCCAAGAAGCAUUGCUCAUUUUAAUUUUAGCCAGCUGAAUGAAUUUCUCUGUAGCAUCACGAGUGUAUACCAAUGUUAACACUGUUCACUUCUAAAUAAACUCGCUGGUGGUUUCAAAUGUAGUUCAUAAGAUGAACUCUUUGUCAAGUCGGCCUCAGGAGGAAAACUACACGUCCCAGCAAGCCCCGCGCGCACUAGCCCAGGACGGCAGGCGGCGCCCCAGAGUCCUUCGCGUGUAGGUGGCCCCCUGGACUCCGGAACCUGUGUGCUAGGCCCAGUGCACCCUGCCCGGAAGGCUAUGGCAGUGGCUAGUGUGGCCGCAGCGCUCCUGGCCGCACUGGGCGGGGCGUUGUGGCUGGCAGCCCGGCGGUUCUCUGGGUCAAGUGGCCAGCGGCGGCAGGGAGGCGGAGACCCGGGCCUCAUGCGCGGGAAGACGGUGCUGAUCACCGGAGCAAACAGUGGCCUGGGCCGCGCCACGGCCGGGGAGCUGCUACGCCUGGGGGCGCGGGUCAUCAUGGGAUGUCGGGACCGCGCCCGAGCAGAGGAGGCAGCGGGUCAGCUCAGGCAGGAGCUUGGUCAGGCUGGGGGUCUCGGGCCCGAUGCCACCGAUGGCCAGCUGGUCGUUAAGGAGCUGGACCUCGCCUCGCUGCGCUCCGUGCGAGCCUUCUGUCAAGAACUGCUACAGGAGGAGCCCAGGCUAGAUGUCCUGAUCAAUAAUGCGGGGGUUUUCCAGUGCCCAUAUACGAAGACUGAAGAUGGAUUUGAGAUGCAGUUUGGAGUGAACCACCUGGGCCACUUCCUUCUCACCAAUCUUCUCCUUGGGCUCCUCAAAAGUUCAGCUCCCAGCAGGAUUGUAGUCGUUUCCUCUAAACUUUAUAAAUAUGGAGACAUCAACUUUGAAGACUUGAACAGUGAACAAAGCUAUAAUAAAAGCUUCUGUUAUAGUCGAAGCAAGCUGGCUAACAUUCUUUUCACAAGGGAACUAGCCCGUCGCUUAGAAGGAACAAAUGUGACUGUCAACGUGCUGCAUCCUGGUAUUGUGCGAACAAACCUGGGGAGGCACAUACACAUCCCAUUGCUGGCAAGACCACUUUUCAAUUUGGUGUCCUGGGCUUUUUUCAAAACUCCAUUAGAAGGUGCCCAGACCUCCAUCUACUUAGCCUCUUCACCCGACGUGGAAGGUGUAUCGGGAAGGUACUUUGGUGAUUGUAAGGAGGAAGAACUCUUACCCAAAGCUAUGGAUGAGUCAGUGGCAAGAAAACUGUGGGAUAUCAGUGAAGUGAUGGUUGGCAUUCUAAAAUAGGAGUAAAGAUAACAGGACUAUUUAUAAGAUGAUCCAUUACACCCUUGGACAGGAAUGGUAUGUUGUGAGCAUGUGCUACUUGAAAACAGCCUUGCAGCAAUCCUGAGAGGUGCAUGUGGGCAUUUGAAGGACACUGCUAUUAUUUGGGGCUAAUACAAAGUUCAGCAAAGAUGUUAUAAAUGUGGAUCAUAACUAAAAUGUAACAAUUCUGUUUUAUUAAAUAUAAUUGGGCAAUUAUAACUUAAAUAUACUGGUAAUUUAAAAGAUAUCUUAAGAGGGUUUUCCAAAAUUUUGAUUUUCAUGGCAAAAAUGUUCAGAAUUUUUACUACAAUGCUUGUUUUGUGGAAAUGCCUAAUGUAUGCACAUAAAUCAUCACUUGGAAUAAAUGUAUGAUGUAGGUUU